AUGGAUGACAUGGUAAUCGGUAAGGGAGCUGGAGGCACCACAUCUCGUAGACGAAAAAGAUCGCAUGACAUAUUUAAGAAUAUAACAAAGACUUGGAGACCAUACAACAUGAACGUCCUUGUAGUGCGGUGUAAGAACCUUCGAACCACUGAGGACACGUACAUUAACCAGUACUACGCACAAAACCAACAAAUCAGGAACUUUAUUAAACAACCUCUGUCGUUCUCUUUCAGCAAAUGA